AUGUUAUCUGAAGCAUUACAACAAUUGAAAACUCUAUAUUCACCAGAAGAUGCUGAUCGUUUAUCACUUAUUCUUGAUAUUUUAUCCGUUUCAAGAAUUGAUGAUCGACCAACUGUAGCUCAAGAAGAUUUGAAUAUUCUCAUUUGGAAAAAACCAAAUGGUACUGUCGAUCUCUUAUCUAUCCUACGUCAAUUGCCAAUCUGUCUUCAACAAUAUCAACAUUCAAGAGACAUGCCAUUAGAUCGAGACUGGACAUUACAGCCAUUAGCAGCUCUUCGAUUAGCUUGGGUCAUGGAUGCAUCUGGCAGAACUUUUCCUGAUUUUAUUACACAAGCUUUACCAAGUUUAGUUGUACACAACAAAUAUUUAACUGAUCUAGAUCAAGAUGAAAAUCGAUCUGCAUUCUGGAUGAAAAAUCUUCGUGAACUUGCUCCAAAAAUAGAUCUUCCAGCUGAAGUUUUACAAUCUAUUCAUCAAAUCUUAACUGUUCAUGCUUUAAAAGGUUUUCUACUACGAUUGACCGAUGGCUCGAUUACUUAUGAGAAACCAAUUUAUGAAAAUGUUUCACCAUAUAUUGAUACUGAUGUACCAAUGGCUUGGUGUAUAUUUGUCAAUGAAAAACUCGAUCGAGUCGAUGCCCAAACUGGUCAAGUCAUUGAACGAAUAGCAUUUGUCACAGAUAAACACGAAAUUGAACGAUGGUACAACAUCAAUCUUCGCAAACAUGGUGCCGUAAUUCGACCACGGUAUUUAUCUAAACAAGAGUAUGCUAAUUUUCCAGAUGAUGCUAUCGAACUCUACAAUACGUGUACUCGAAAAGAUGUUGACAUUCUUCGUGAUCAAUUGGAAGAAUUCGGCAAAGGUUCUUACUCAUCUGAUCAAAUCAAUGCACAUAUCUAUACUAUUCGAGAUCGACUUAAAACCAUUCCAUGUGUACUCUGGGGGUUGCAAGCCCAAACACACGAAACGGUCACUGCAGCCAAAGCUGCCUGUCAAGAUGCUACUAUUCCAACUGAAAAAGUAGUCAUAAACAUUACUAGAUCAAUUAUUAUUGAUUAUUUUAUCUCACAUUGUGAUGAUCGAUUCGUUGCUGGAGCAUUACGUGGAUUCGGUGAAUAUGCACGAGUAGCUAGUCAACAAGUAUCGGCUGGUAUUAGUGAAUUGGAUUAUGCAAUUGAAUGUGGACAAAAGGCGAUGAUAGAGGAAAAUUCUAUGGAGAUUGUACCUUUCAUUCAUCUGGAUAAACCUGGUGUUCAGGAAUAUUUAGAAAAUCAACAUAAAAAAAUUACACUGCAAUUACGCUCGGUCGCAGCUCGUCCACAAUUCGAAAGUUUAUUUGCAUUGCUUCAGAAGGCUAAAAUAACAGUAAAUGACGAUUCACUUUCAGGUAUGGCCGAUCUUGAAUCAUUACCAACACAAGCAACUACUGUAAAACCAACAGAGAAUUCAUCGAAAGUAACACUCGAUAAAGAAUUAUUCCCUUGUCCAAUUACACUCGAUAUCAUGGAAAAUCCUGCGACGACCGUACCUUGUGGACAUAUGUUUGAAAUGAGUGCCAUUAACCAGUAUUUAAGAACAAGCAAUAUUUGUCCUUCAUGUCGAACAGCUAUUACUGGUGUUACUCAAAAUUUUGCAUUCAAAAAUAUUAUUGAAGCAUGGCUAGCUCAACAACACGAAUAA